AUGGUGGAAGCAAAGGAUCAAGACAUGGGUGAUGGGAUGCAAUGCAUAAACCAUCCAUUCACCAAGAACCCAGGUGGGAUCUGUGCUUUCUGUCUCCAAGAAAAGCUCGGAAAGCUCGUCACUUCCUCUUUCCCUCUCCCGAAACAUCUCUCUUCCUCUUCCACUUCCUCCUCUCCUUCCUUCAGAUCUGACUCCGUCGGCUCCACCACUUCCUCCGCCGCUAAUCUCUCCGCCUCUCUCUCCCUCUCCGUUGCCGGAGCUAGAAACGUCCCAAACAACAACAACAGCAACAAGCUUCCGUUUUUGCUGGCGAAGAAGAAGAAGAAGAUGCUUACAGCUUCCUCCUCCGCCACGACGGCGAAUAUCGUCUACAAGAGAAGCCAGUCGACGACGACGGCGACGUACGGUGGUUCCGACUUCAGCCCGAGGAAGCGAAACGGGUUUUGGUCGUUUCUACAUCUCCACUCUUACAAACACCAUAGCAGCAGUAAGAAAGUCGGAAACUUUCAUGAAUCUUCGAAGCCGGCGAGACCACAACAACCCACUGAAACCGCUUUGACGAAAACCGAUUUGACGGAGACGACGACGGUGGGAUCUUCGUCGUCUUCGUCGUCAUCAUCUUCUUCUUCGAUGACGAAGAGAGUGAACGGAGGUGGUGGGAGCAGUCACAGGAACGGCAUUGAAGUGAUAGUUGAAGAAGAUGGAAGCCCUAACGUUGUGGUUGCGGCGGUGACACCGAGCGAGAGGAAAGUGUCGAGAUCCAGAUCUGUUGGGUGUGGAAGCAGAAGCUUCUCCGGAGAUUUCUUCGAGAGGAUCACAAACGGGUUUGGAGAUUGCACUUUGAGAAGAGUGGAGUCACAGAGAGAAGGUCACAACAACAAAGGUAAAGUCAGUAACCCUAGUAGCAAUGGUGGUGUGAGGGAAAUGGUGAGAUGUGGUGGGAUCUUUGGUGGGUUUAUGAUAAUGACGUCAUCGUCGUCUUCGUCUUCUUCAUCGUCGUGGGUGUCAUCGUCAUCAGCUGAACAGCAUCAUCAGCAUCAUCAGAAUGUGUCUCAUGGUGGAAGGAACAGGAGCUGGGGAUGGGCGUUUGCAAGUCCAAUGAGAGCUUUCACUUCUUCUUCUUCCUCUGGCAAAAGAGGAAGAACGAUUUCAGAUUCUACAGGCAAGAACACAACUCCAAACUUGGAUGCAAUUCCUUCAUUGUUGGCUGUCAGAAGUUAA